AUGACCCUGGGCAGCUGCUGCUGCGAGAUCAUGUCCUCCGAGAGCUCACCGGCCGCGCUGUCCGAGGCGGACGCAGAUAUAGAUGUGGUGGGCGGCGGCGGCUGCAGCGGUGGGGGGGAGCUCCCAGCUCUCUCCGGGCCCCGCGCCCCCCGGGACGUGCUCCCCCAUGGCCCCGAGCUUCCCUCGGAGGAAGCAGAGGCAGACGCAGUUGAGGACGAGGAGGAGUCGGGCGGCUGCUCGGACAGCGAGCCCCGCGCUUUGGCGCCUCUGACGCUGAGCGAGAUCUGCGAGUUUAUCAGCGGCCGCUUCCCCUACUACCGGGAGAAGUUCCCCGCCUGGCAGAACAGCAUCCGCCACAACCUCUCGCUCAACGAUUGCUUCGUCAAGAUUCCCCGAGAGCCGGGCAACCCCGGCAAGGGCAACUACUGGACGCUGGACCCGGAGUCGGCCGACAUGUUCGACAACGGCAGCUUCCUGCGGCGCCGCAAGCGCUUCAAGCGGCAGCCGCUGCCGCCGCCGCAUCCACACCCGCACCCGCAUCCGGAACUGCUGCUGCGUGGUGGGGCCGCGGCGGCUGGGGACCCCGGCGCCUUCCUGCCCGGCUUCGCGGCUUACGGCGCCUACGGCUACGGCUACGGGUUGGCGCUCCCCGCCUACAGUGCACCCCCGCCGGGCCCAGCCCCGCAUCCGCAUCCACAUCCGCACGCCUUCGCUUUCGCCGCCGCAGCCGCGGCUGCGCCUUGUCAACUGUCGGUGCCCCCAGGCCGUGCCGCUGCGCCUCCACCCGGACCCCCGACGGCGGCGGUGUUUGCCAGCGCAGCCUCGGCUCCGGCCCCGGCGCCUGCCCCGGGCACCGGGUCGGGCCCGGGUCCCUCAGGCCUGCCUGGCUUCCUGGGCGCGGAGCUAGGCUGCGCCAAAGCCUUCUAUCCCGCGUCACUGAGCCCUCCCGCAGCCGGCACCGCGGCGGGUCUGUCCACUGCACUCUUGCGCCAGGGCCUCAAGACAGACGUGGGCGGAGGUGCGGGCGGCGGGGGGUCCGGGGUAGGGCAGAGGCCUUCCUUCUCUAUAGACCACAUUAUGGGCCACGGUGGCGGCGGGGCAGCACCCUCGGGCGGCAGCGAGGCUUCCCCAGGAUCGCCGUUCGCGGCGGCCGCGGGUCCUGGGGGUCAAGCCCAGGUUUUGGCCAUGCUGACUGCCCCGGCCCUGGCUCCAGUGGCCGGCCACAUUCGUCUCUCGCACCCUGGGGACGCACUCCUGUCCUCAGGGCCACCGUUUGCCGGCAAAGUCGCCAGCCUCAGUGGCUGCCACUUCUGA